CUUCGUGUUCUGUUCAAUAUCAACUGCGAUGUCUAAUUGUAGCAACUACAUAAAAAUCGAGGAGAGGGGUACGAAAAAAAAAGGAAAGACCGAAAUUAAUUUUAAAAAUCGCUGCUAAAAGUUAUUUAAUUCUGCUUUAGUUACUCCGUUUUGUAUUGUUCAUUUUAAUUAUUCAAUCUACAAAUAUGUACAUCGAAUUCUGCUGUGUGUGUAUUAAUUUGAAAGAAUAAUAAUGCGGCAUGGUUGGGUAAAGUAGGUACUCUACAUAAAAUACUCGAUUAAGAAUCAUCAUUUUAUGUAGCUUAAACAUUAAAUCAUAUCUAGUAUUUAGGUGUUUGCGAUCUAUAAAGAUAGAUGCGCAUAUUUUUUAUUCGCGUGCUUAGCUAAUUAAGUAUAGGUAAAUCUCAAAACGUACAAUAAACACAUACAUAUCACCGCCGCGUGAUAAACUCACGCUUUGAACUGAUGAACAUACAAAAACUGGCCAGUGAUGAUAACUGAAUUAAUCACAAAAACGUAAUGUUAAAUUGGAACUCCGUAAUAAUGAUACUUAGUUUACUGGCACUCAUAAUACCAAGCAGACGCCUAAAUUUAAUAAAAAUAAAAUAAAAAUGAGAUAGGUUGUCAAAUUUCCAAAUAAUUUUGACGUUUAAAAUUGUUUGUAAAACCGCGAAUACUUACUUAUCAAUGUUAAUCUAUAAGAAGGUUUUGUGUAGAUUUCCAGCGAUGAUAACUCGAUUCACUCAGUUGUACAUCGGUCUGCUGGUAGCGAUACCGUGUCUAGCCACGAACGGCACAAUGACGAAGAACCUAAAAGUAUUAGUUUCAUCCAACGAUUACCCGCCGACCGCGCUGAAAAUACUUGAAGAUCACUUUACAGUUCUACAGUCAAGGUAUUUAAACUUUGGUCAAGAAGGAAGCACGUUAGGCAGAGAAGAGAUCCUAAAGCUUAUCCCGGGAUGUUCAGCUCUAGUUUGGAUCUCUAAUCUUCCUAUAACGAAUGAAAUCCUUGACGCAGCCGGUACACAACUGAAGAUCGUGAGCACGGUCUCCGCCGGCUACAACCACUGCAUCCCCGAGGAGUUGCGCGCGCGGGGUAUGCAGCUGACGAACACCCCGAACGUCCUGUCCCCGGCCGUUGCAGAGGUUGCCGUGGGGCUCAUAUUGUCGGCCUCUAGAAGGUUCACUGAGAAUCUGGAUCAAGUACGCAGGGGAGAAUGGGAGAUCGGCUUCGACAAGGUCCUAGGGCAAGACCUCCGCGACAGCACUGUAGGGAUCAUCGGCUUGGGUGGUAUUGGACAGGCUGUCGUCAAACGUCUUAGUGGUUUUGAUGUCGCCAGGUUUAUUUACUCCGGACACAGAGAAAAACCCGAAGCUAAAGCCCUUAGAGCAGAGUUCGUAAGUCAGGACACGUUGCUGGAGCAAAGUGACUUCAUCGUCGCGGCCGUGCCUCUGACUAAUGAGACCAAGCUGAUGAUCAACAAAGAGACGCUGGGGAAAAUGAAACCGAACGCUGUGUUCGUUAAUGUAGGACGCGGAGACCUCGUUGACCAAGACGCUUUGUAUGACGCAUUGAAGAACAAACAAAUCUACGCGGCUGGACUGGACGUGACUACCCCCGAACCGCUGCCCAAGGACCACAAGCUCUUAACGCUGCCGAACUUAUUUGUACUCCCGCAUAUCGGUAGCGCGACGGUGCGGACCCGCCGAGAGAUGGCAGAGCUGGCAGCCAAUAAUAUUGUCAACGGCCUCACUGGCAAACCUUUGCUGUCACCUGUCAAACUAUAAACUUUACCAUUGUACUCAAUGACUGAUUUAGUUCUAUAGUAAUAAAUCGUUAACAGAACCAUGAAGUCGGAGUCGAA